AGAGAGAAGUGCCGGUAUCGAUUCCUGCAAACUAUAUAUCCGCGAAAGAAGCUGUACCUUGCCUCCUCGAGCGAGAGGACUGCUGCACUUUCCUCCUACGCCAGGACAACCCACGACCGUGAUUAUUGACGCACGAGUCAGGAUUCCGGCCACAGAGCCCUUGACGCGUGCACAUCGCGCGACCGAAAUAGAAAAGUGCGCAUCCCCGUGAACAUGGAAGAUUGUCGGGGCGCGUGAAUCGCGUGACAAAAUUAAACUUUCGUGCGAUAACGCGGAAGAUAUCAAUCCUGAUGUAAAAUGCGUGGCGAGUAUUGGAAAGGAUCACGGCUGAUAUUCAGAGCGUAGACCGCAAAGAGCGAGUCGUCGACGGCGACGGAGUAAUUUGGGAAUGACAUAUUUGACGGAGAAGAAUUCCUUCCUGAAUUACAACGUGUCCUGCAUCCUGACGCUGCCACCUUAUCAGAGACAGGGCUACGGACGGCUCCUUAUAGAUUUCAGUUACCUGCUGACGAGAGUCGAGAAGAAAAUUGGCUCUCCGGAGAAGCCGCUGUCGGACCUGGGCCUGAUCUCGUAUCGCAGCUACUGGAAGGACGUUUUGCUGCAGUACCUCUGCAAUUUCGGCGGCAAGGAACUCUCCGUCAAAGAUAUCAGCAAGGAAAUGGCCAUCGACUCGUACGACAUUGUCAGCACUUUACAGGCCCUCGGUAUGAUGAAGUACUGGAAGGGCAAGCAUAUCAUUCUGAAGAAACAGGACGUGAUCGACGACUACAAGGAGAGGGUGAAGAGACGCGGCCCCGUCUACAAAGAGAUCGAUCCGGAGUGUCUGAAAUGGAACCCCUUUCAGCCGCCCAAGACACCCUCCGCCUCGAACUAAGACCUGCGGAAACCUGGAGCUACGCCACCCUCUUGCGCUCUUGGCGAAGGAACUCGCCUCCGAACGACGCGCCUCGAUUCUCAUCGUCGUCGUCAUCGUGUUCAUUCGUGUCUUCGGACUCCUGGUCAGUUCUCGCGAAGCGGGGAUGCCGCCACCGGCAGAUUUUCACGCCCAUGACGUUGGGUAAGAGCCGUGGAAAUCCUUCCGGGAGCCACCUCAUCCUGUCCGGAGCUUGCGGCAAACUGCGAUGAGUAUCGUAUUUUAUUGGCGAUAUCGUUAAGCCUCGCCGCGAGCAGGACUUUCCGUCGAUUUAAGAGCGCUAUUACGGCGGCGAGUUCAAUUUGCAGACCCCGACUAUUGACCGUUGCGGCAAGCAGGAAAGCAGGAAGGGACGAGGCUUGAAAUAUCAUUACAUAACGUACGAUCAUUUCAUAUUCUACGGGGUGUCUACCGCUCGGAGAAACCUGAAAUUCUCAGCGAAUCCUCCUCCUCCCAACGGGAAAGCGAGAGAAGUUCCCUCUCGGGAAGUUUUCCUUGAGAUUGUCUCUUCAAAGUUGUAGUCUUUAUUUCGGCCGGAAGCGGCCGAGAGUCGAGAGGAAACUCUUCGCAUCUCCUUUCGACAUUUUAAAAUUUAAUAUUUCGUAAACUGGAAUGAGGCUCCUUUGCUUUUUCUCCUUCCCGAUCAGGAAAAACACUAGAAAGCUCGCGAUAGACGAAUUUGCCUUACACUCAAGAGAACGCGCUAAUUUAACUCGCAAAUUUAAUCGAAAAUUCCGGCAAAAUUGUGCAAUCUGAAGACUUUUUAUUCGGGGAAUAUAAAGACGAUAUUGCUAAAUCGACGCGGCGAUAAACCUCCUUUCCUCUUUCUGGUCUAUCUGUUUCUCUCUCUCUCUCUCUCUCUCU